ACCAAUGGGAUGCGAGCUCUCGGCUGCCCCACUAGAGAGGGCCUGUCAGUCAGAGGGUCCGGUUGCGGCCGCCGCUGCGGCUGAGGAAGAGCGAGCCCCGCGGCCCGAGUCCGGAGUCCGGUCUGCGGCUGGGCUGCCCCGGGCACUGACAGGUGACCCCGGGUUCGGGCCCGGGGCCGGGGAGCAGCGCAGCUCUAGUUUUGGAGUGUGAGGCCUAAAGAGCCCCUUCAGUUGGCAGGAGAUCAAGAUGCCAUUAUGUCACUGUGCUGCAAGACACAGUGACUCUGAUGGAGAGUGGGGCCAUCCCAGCAGCAGCGGGCUCAAGGUUCUUCUCCACUGGAGCAAUGGGGGUGACCAGUAUGUGACCUACAAUCAGGGUACCAUGACUGCAGAGGAAGUCUGCAUUCACAUUGCACAGAAAGUGGGAAUCACUCCACUCUGCUACAACCUCUUUGCAUUAUAUGAUACCCAGGCUCAAGUCUGGCUGCCUCCUAACCACCUCUUUGAGAUCACCAAGGAUACCAAUCAAACCCUGCAGUUUCGAAUGAGGUAUUACUUCAGGAACUGGCAUGGGCUGAACACUCAGGAGCCAGCUGUGUACAGAAGCAUGCCUCGAGGUUUUGAGGUCUCUGAAGAGAAGACCCGGAUUGAGCAGGGGUGUGCUUUGCUGGACAAAGCCUCCUUCGAGUACCUCUACGAACAGGGAAAGUUUGAGUUUGUCAAUGAUGUCGCAUCCCUUUCGGACCUGCACAGUGACGCAGAGGUUCAGCACUUCAAGAACGAGAGCUUGGGCAUGGCCGUGCUGCACCUUUCCCACCUUGCUCUGCAGCGCGGCGUGCCCCUGGAAGAGGUGGUGAGGAAGACCAGCUUCAAAGACUGCAUCCCCUGUUCCUUCAGCCGACAAAUCCAGCAGAACAAUUCCCUGACUAAGUUCCGCCUAAGGAACGUUUUCCAGAAGUUUAUGCGACGAUUCCAUCUGCAGACAGUGGGUCCGGGGCGUUUUAGUGAACAGGACAUUAUGUUCAAAUACCUGGCUACACUGGAACAGCUGGCCCCGCGCUUUGGCACUGAACGCUUCCUUGCCCUGACCUUGGCGUUGCCCACGGAGGCUGAAAGGGAUCUGUGCUAUGUCAACAGCAGUGAGCAAGGGCCUACGCUUCCACCGGGAGCUACUCUCUCUCUCGCUGACCAGGCUCCUACCCAUGAGGUUCUAGUGACUGGGACAAGUGGUAUCCAUUGGCGGCUUCUUCAGGUGGAGGACUCUGACUUGAAAGUCAACCACUCCCAAAGCUCCCUUGGUAAGAAGUCCAAGACCCGGGAGGCAGAAAGCCGGAAGCUGAGCCAGUUGCCCACUGAGAGGAAAGAGACUGUCUGGACAUAUUUUUGUGACUUCCAAGAUAUCACCCAUAUUGUGGUCAAGGAGAACAACGUCAGCAUCCACCGUCAGGACAACAAGUGCCUGGAACUGACUCUCCCUUCACCUAUGGUGGCACUCUCUCUGGUAUCCCUGGUUGAUGGCUACUUCAGGCUGACAGCAGACUCCAGCCACUACCUGUGCCAUGAGGUGGCCCCCCCGAGGCUGGUGAUGAGCAUUCAAAAUGGCAUCCAUGGGCCCCUGCAGGAGCCUUAUGUACUGUCCAAACUGAAGCGAGAGGAAGUAGAGGAUGGCCUCUACCUUAUCCGCUGGAGUUCCUUUGACUUCCACCGCCUCAUCCUGACUGUGGCCCGGAAAGACCAGGCAGCUGGAGCACAGGGUCUCCGUUACAAGCAGUUCCGCAUUGAAGAGCAGGGCCUGACCUUCCAGCUUGAAGGCUGGGAUCAAGCCUUUCCCAGUGUUCGUGAGCUCACUGCAGCCCUACAAGGCUGCACACUGCGAUCCAGCUCUGGCUCUGGUCCUGGCUCUACCCUAGAGAGCUUCACACUCAGCAAAUGCUGCCUGCCUCGAGCAGGAGAAAUUUCCAAUCUGAUCAUUACUCGGCAGCGUCCUAAGGAGGGUCCCAAAUCACUUAACUUGUCCCAGCUCAGCUUCCAUCAGAUCCGAAAGGAAGAAAUCACCCAGCUGGCUCACCUGGGCCAAGGCACCCGGACCAAUAUUUACGAGGGACUCCUGCACGUGGGGGGUGGAAUGGGAGCUGAGGAUGAGGAAGAUGAAAACAUUCCCUCAGAACCCAACAACAACCAUCGGGAGCUUCGAGUAGUGCUAAAGGUGUUGGAUCCAAGUCACCGCGAUAUUGCUCUGGCAUUUUUUGAGACAGCCAGCCUAAUGAGCCAGGUCUCCCACAUCCACCUGGCCUUCGUCCAUGGUGUUUGUGUCCGGGGCUCUGAGAACAUCAUGGUGGCAGAACAUGUAGAACAUGGGCCCCUGGAUGUAUGUCUGCGGCGGGAGAAGGGCCAUGUGCCAGUGGCCUGGAAGAUUACUGUGGCCCAGCAGCUUGCCAGUGCUCUCAGCUACCUAGAGGACAAAAACCUGGUUCACGGCAACGUCUGUGCCAAGAACAUCCUGCUGGCAAGGCGAGGCCUUGGGGAUGGCACUCAACCCUUCAUCAAACUCAGUGAUCCUGGCGUCAGCGUCACGGCCCUCUCCAGGGAGGAGCGGGUAGAGCGCAUUCCCUGGAUCGCCCCCGAGUGUGUCCCCAGCGGGACGGGUCUCAGCACAGCCGCUGACAAGUGGAGCUUUGGAACGACACUGUUAGAGAUCUGCUUUGAUGGGGAAGCGCCUCUCCAGGGUCGUAGCCCUUCUGAGAAGGAGCGAUUUUAUGAAAAGAAGCAUCGGCUCCCUGAGCCCUCAUGCAAGGAGCUGGCCACGCUCAUCAGCCAGUGCCUCACCUAUGAUGCCAGCCAGCGGCCCUCCUUCCGAACCAUCCUGCGUGAUCUCACGCAGCUGCAGCCCCAGAAUCUUGACAUCACCACCAUGAGCCCAGAGUUCCCAGCCUCAGAUCCCACCAUUUUUCAGAAACGCUACCUGAAGAAGAUCCGGGACCUGGGAGAGGGCCACUUUGGCAAGGUGAGCCUCUACUGCUAUGACCCAACUAAUGAUGGCACAGGGGAGAUGGUGGCUGUGAAGUCUCUCAAGGCUGGCUGCAGUUCCCAGCUCCUGAGCAGCUGGCAGCGGGAGAUUGAGAUCCUCCGGACGCUCUACCACGAGCACAUCGUCAAGUAUAAGGGCUGCUGCAGUGACCAAGGGGAGAAGAUGGUCCAGCUGAUCAUGGAGUAUGUGCCACUGGGCAGCUUGCGGGAUUAUCUCCCCAAACACAGCUUGGGGCUGGCCCAGAUUCUGCUGUUUGCUCAGCAGAUCUGUGAGGGCAUGGCCUACCUCCAUUCCCAACACUACAUCCACCGAGACCUGGCAGCCCGAAAUGUCCUUCUGGAGAAUGACAACACUAUCAAGAUUGGGGACUUUGGUCUGGCCAAGGCUGUGCCAGAGGGCCACGAUUAUUACUGUGUCCGGGAGGAUGGAGACAGCCCUGUCUUCUGGUAUGCUAUGGAGUGUCUCAAGGAGUGUAAGUUCUACUACGCCUCCGACGUCUGGUCCUUUGGGGUCACCUUCUACGAACUGCUGACACGCUGUGACUGCAAUCAAACCCCACCCUUGAAAUUCAUCGAAAUGAUUGGGGUCACCCAGGGCCAGAUGACAGUGCUGAGGCUCAUAGACCUGCUAGAGAGAGGCCAAAGACUGCCUUGUCCCAAGGACUGUCCCUGUGAGAUCUAUCUUCUCAUGAAGAAUUGCUGGGAAUCUGAAGCCUCCUUCCGCCCAACCUUCCAGAACCUUGUUCCCCUCCUCAAGACAUUCCAUGAGAAGUAUAGAAGUCAAGCUCCCUCUGUGUUUAGUGUAUGCUGAAGGGGAGACCUCAAGCAACUCGGCCAGCCUGAGCUCACCUGUGCACUAUGGGAGUAGGAAAUCCAACUGGGGCCUUAUUUUUAGGCCCCCUUGGUGAUUGGAGACUGUCUCCCCCUCUCUCCACCAUCUUCAGUCCUGGAGGGAGUGAGGCCAUUUUUAACCCCUUGGGACCGUUGGGGAAAAGCCCACUGAUACCAUCCUCAACCUUUUCCCCCAGUGCUAGGAGGUGCCUGGAGGCUAUAUGGCGGGGGCCUGACUGGUUACUCCAUAAGUGUGAAAUUCUGGAAACAAGAGAUGCAACACUGUGACCUCUGCCAUACUUCUCCCCCAGAGUGGAAAUGAGGGGUCAGCCAGCUUUCCUUAGGCCACUUACCUUGUGCCUUGCCCCAGUUCCCUUCUCUCACAACACACCUCUCUCCCUUCUCCUCCUCCCCCCCCCCCCCCCCAAUUGCCUCAGGACCAGUGAGGGGAAAACUUGAUGCCUUUUUUCCAAGAGGCCUUAACUCUCUUUCUCUGCCUUUAUCCCAACCCCUUGUGUCCCUUUUCCUUCUUGAGUUCCAUUUUAGAUACAGCAGGACUGAGAGUAGAGAUUACUCUUGAUGCCCUACUUUAUCCACAAGCAAAACCAUGGUUUGCCAACAUGAGCUUCAGUUGUGUAGGUAGAAGUGUUAUUGGUCCCUUUUGAGCUAAGCUGAGGUGACUCAGGAAAAAAGCUACAGAACCUGGUCUUAAAGACCAGCCAUAUGAAGCUACAGUUUUCAAAGAUUAAAACACAGGGUCUGCCCCUCCCUUGGGUCAGUCACUUGGGCUAGAUGAGGCAGAGUAGGCUUAAGUCUUGAGCUCCAUCUUUCCUUUUACUGUAGCCACACUUGUUUUGUUCCUUCUCUCUCCUUCUCCCCUCCCCUCCCCUCCCCCUUCUUUCCUCAUAUUGGGUCUCCUGGUCUCUAAAGUGAAUCUAGACUGGGUGUGGAUGGGGAUGGAGUUAGUCAUCACAGUAUCACUUCCUUUCUCCAAGAAACACUGCCGUCUCCUCUUAUUUCCCACUCAAGUCCAGCAGGCCUUCUUUCUAUAAAUCAGCUUCUCCCAGAAUGUGACGCUAAUCUCUGGUCAGGUUUGCAUCUGGGCCCCCACCAGUUCACAGCUCACUCAGAAAAGAAUGUCUGUGUGUGAAAGAGAGGGCCAUUCAGAGAGGUUCCCUGGCCUCUGUAGGCCUUGAGGGCAGGAAUUUUCUCCCCUUGCCUAUGGCACAGUGCCCUCAGGCUUCCCACCAGGCAUUCUAGGGUGUUUGUGGUGGAGGAAGAGCAAGAGCAGGCAAGUCCCCAGCCACAGGAUCCUGUCGAUUGGUCUGCAGAUGUGAUGUAGCUUGCCUCAUGACAUCAUGCAUGAAUGUGGUCCUCAGCCAAGGUAAAGAUUUAAUUAAUUUAAUAAAAAGGCAGACGCUUCUGGGCACUAUCCAGGUGGAUGAGACUGAGGAGGGAGCUGCCUCUCUUUAUAAUCAGUUAUCCACCCAGGCCAAGUUUAGUGCCUCGUUCCUCCAUUCCUGGAGAACCUGUAGCUGGGGGGAAGAGAGCACAGGUGGAACUGAUUAGCACUGGGCAGAGGAGGACACACUGUAGCUGAAAUGUGUGUGGCUGGAGGCCGAGUGUGACUGAUGGAACAUCUUCAGUGAGGGCUUGACCACCAGCCUGAGCAGCACUGAGGGAGGGACCAGGGAUGUGCUUUGAGCUCACACUCUGUCCACCAUCCCCCAGCUCUCUAGUCCUCCCCUCAGCCCAGGAGUUUUACUCUCAAUUGGGGCAAUGGACAUUUGGAUUCGGAGUCAAGGGAGGGGAUUAAAAUUUCCAGCUCUGCUCCCCACUGUGUGUGUGUUAGCUUGGGCAAAGCCCUUUCUCUUCUAUAAAACAAUUGGCUAGAUAAGCUUAAAGGUCACUUGCAGUUCUGCAUCUGAACCUGUUGUAAGGAAUCUAUCAUAUUGGACUUCAGCAAAGCUGUAAGUUGGAAGAAGAGACUUGGAAGUAUAAAGCACUCUAGAGCUUAGAGCCUGAGACAAAUACUUAACCUCAUAACUUUAAUGAUUGUUCCCCGUCACUGAGCUGUGUGAGAUCCCAACAGGGAUCAGGGAGGUGAACUGUUGGACCAUCAAAAGUUAGGGUGAAGUUCCUCACCGAGGAAUUCAGGAUUUGAAUUAAAACAUCCUUUUGACCUGUCUGGCAGAAAUGUUGCCCAGCAACCAAACAGCCUGCUCAUACCAGACUAGCAUCAGCUGCCCAGUGGUCAAGAGACUUGUGUAGGUUGGUCUGUCCACAAGCCCAGUGAAGGGCUGGCUCAACAGCAGAACAAACUACUUAAUAAACCCAGCAGCAAACUGCGCUAGCUACCUAAGACAUCUUGCCCUCAGCGUGGUAAGCAUAGCCCGAAGAACCUAUCCAACGGAGAUGUAUCCUAGGAGAAAUUAGCCUGGCAGUGGAGUGGCUUGUUCAUCACUGUUACCAAUGCUCCCCGACAAGGAACUUCUUGAGGAUUCUGGAAAAAACAUGAAAUCCCUGAUAUUCCAGAAUUGUGAAUUGCCUUGGGUACAUGUGUUCCCUACAUAUGUGCCUCACUACACUGUACUUUUAAGUUCAUGUCUGCUUGUCCCCAACAGAGUCUAUGUAUCCCAGAUUUUUUUGGGAAAUGCUUUGUAAUUACUAUUCUUGUUACAUCUUUUGAGUAAAUGUCUUGUCUAAGAGCUAAUUUAAUCUACUGGCUGAUUGUUAAGGGGAAGCCCAUUAAUGAUGCCUUAUGAGCUCCAGUCAGGAGGAUCAUACCUAAUUCUUGAAAUAGUAGUUGCCCCUCUGGGUACCAAAUUCACUAAUGCCAGUUCAAGUUGAGGAGUGAGCCCAAGAGAGUGUGAUUUACUCUUCUACAAAGAAUAAAGAGUAUUGACUUUUAAAA